AUGAUCGACCAACUCCUGUUCAGAACUGCUGCAUUUCUUCUUCCAGUCAUAAAUUCAAUUCUUCGAGAUGGACCUUCAAAAGUUAAACCGAAAACCAUUGAAAAUAAAAGUUUCCGUACCUGUCAAUAUCCUUUGGCUUUAAUUAUUUCUCCAACACGUGAACUUUCUCUUCAAAUCUACAAUGAAUCGCGAAAGUUUUCGUAUCGUACGCCGAUCACUUCUGCCCUGUUGUAUGGAGGGCGGGAGAACUAUCGUGACCAAAUCAACAAAUUACGGUUAGGUUGUCACAUUUUAAUUGCUACACCAGGUCGUUUAAUUGAUGUUAUGCAAAAUGGCUAUAUAGCUUUGACUUCUUGUCAUUAUCUUGUUUUAGAUGAAGCUGAUCGUAUGUUAGAUAUGGGGUUUGAGCCCCAAAUUCGUCAAAUUGUUCAAGCUUCAAACAUGCCAGUUAAAGGGGAACGAAUUACAGCAAUGUUUUCUGCCACCUUCCCAAAGGAAAUACAAGUUUUAGCUCAGGAUUUUCUAAUGCCUGAUUAUGUGUUUCUUGCUGUUGGACGUGUUGGUUCAACAUCUGAAAAUAUUCGUCAGAACGUUCUUUGGGUCGAGGAACAUAACAAAAAACACCUUUUGGCCGAUUUGUUGGAUGGCAGUGAACCUGAUGCUUUGACUCUAAUUUUUGUUGAAACAAAGCGUGGAUGUAGCGAUCUUGCUUAUCUACUCCAACGUGAUGGGUACCAAUGUGUUGCAAUUCAUGGAGAUUUGAAACAGAUGGAUCGUGAACGUCAUUUGGAUAGUUUUCGAAUUGGAUCCACACCAAUACUUGUUGCUACAGCUGUUGCUGCUAGAGGACUUGAUAUUCCGAAUGUUAAACAUGUGAUAAAUUAUGACCUUCCAAACAAUAUUGAUGAAUAUGUUCAUAGGAUUGGACGUACAGGACGUGUAGGGAACAUUGGAUUGGCAACUUCAUUUUUUAAUGAUAAAAAUAGAAAUAUUACUCAUGAGUUGGCUGAAUUGAUUGUUGAAACUAAUCAGCAAUUACCCGAUUGGCUUGAACAAAUUUCUCGCGAGUCAGGCAAAUAUGGAGGUGUUCGGACUCAUGGAGGAGGUGGUGGGCGGCGUGGUGGAAGUUCAAAUCGUUUUGGAGGACGUGACCAUCGUGUGCAGUACACUCCACAGGUUCGUGUUGGUGGUGGAAUGCAUCAAUUUGGUCAUCAAAAUAAUGAUUGGCGUGGAAAUGGUUUUGUGGCAAAUCCAGUCGGUUUUGUGCCAAAUCCAGUUGGUGUAAGUACUUCUGCUUCUCCACGCAUUUCUGCUAUACCACAGCAGCAGCAACAACAUAAACCGGUGAAUCGGGCGCCUCAGCAAAUUCAACAGGUCAUUACAACUUAA